AUGCUCAGUACAGAAGAUAACAUCUUUAUGAUCAUAAUAACUGGAGAAUCUCUCAUAGGACUUUUGGGGAAUGGAUACAUUGGACUAGUAAAUUGGAUUGAUUGGAUUAAGAAGAAAAAGAUCUCUUCAGUUGACUACAUCCUCAUCGGUUUGGCUAUCUCUAGAAUUUGUUUGCUCUGUGUCAUGGUGCUAAAUGGCUUCAUAGUGGUAUUCUACCCAGAUGUUUAUAAAGAUGAUAAACUAAAAAUAGUCGAUAUCUUCUGGACACUCACCAACUACUUAAGCAUGUGGUUUGCCUCCUGCCUCAAUGUCGUCUAUUUCCUCAAGAUAGCCAAUUUCUCCCACCCAUUUUUUCUUUGGCUGAAGUGGAGAAUUGACAGGAUGCUUCACUGGAUCCUGCUGGUGUGCUUGACCAUUUCGUUGUUGAGCGGCCUCGUGCUCACAAUGAUAUCGAAUUGUAAUUCUGAGUUUUUUAAUAUUGCAAAACAUAAAAACAACUUCACUGAAUUGUUUCAUGUGAGUAAAAUUCAAUACUUCAGCGUGCUUUCACUGUUUAACCUGUUGGCAAUUGUCCCACUUACUGUGUCAUUAAUCUCAUUUGUCCUGUUAAUUUUGUCCUUGUGGAGACAUACAAAGCAAAUGAAGCUCAGCGUUACAGGCUGUAGAAAUCCCAGCACACAGGCCCAUGUGGGAGCCAUGAAAACUGUGACUUCAUUUCUCUUCCUCCUUUUUUUAUACUACCUGGCUUCUCUUUUAGUGACAUUUAGCUAUCGUGUGAAAGAAGGCAAAUUAGCUGUGAUGUUUGGAGAGAUCAUAGCAAUUCUCUAUCCCUCAGGUCACUCACUUAUUUUAAUUAUUGGAAAUAACAAGUUGAGGCAGGCAGCUGUCAGGAUGCUGAGAUGUGGAAAAACAGCAUGCGUGAUGUAA